AUGGCGCCGUCGCGUGUUCGCCGAUGGGGACCAUUGCCUUCCUUGCUUGUACUCCUACCUGUCUUUCUCGCUGUACCAUUCUUCACGUAUAAGAUUCACUAUGCUCUACCGACACCAUUGACUGCACUGGUCAACCCGGACACGAAAUUGCCUCAACUGUCCGAGGCGCAAAUCCUCAGCUAUACGGAACACCUGUCAGAAGAAAUCGGCUUCCGGACCGUUGGGACCACUGAGCACGCACUGGCCGACAAGUACACCCACGACGUUGCGCUGCAGUUGAAGGCUGAGUGUGACGGAGUGGCGCGAGCGACAGGACGCAAGUUGGAAUGCGAGGUCUGGAGGCAACAGGGCAGCGGCAGUCAUCGCUUCGACAUGAUGGGGAAGCGACUGUACAAGACAUAUCGCGAUUUGACGAACAUCGUUGUUCGCAUCUCCGACGGCACCGAUGCAGGCAAAGCCGAUGCCGUCCUUGUCAAUGCGCAUCUGGACAGCACAUUGCCCAGUCCAGGUGCCGCGGAUGAUGCACUGGCUGUCGGUGUCAUGUUGGAAUGUAUCCGUGUAUUGACGCACACUCCCGACUGGGAGCCGAAGCAUGCAAUCAUCUUCUUGUUCAACCACGCCGAAGAGUCUCUUCAAGAUGGAUCGCAACUGUACUCUACCCAGCAUCCGACGCGUUCAACCGUUCGUGCCUUCCUUAAUCUUGAAGCAGCCGGCACGACUGGCCCUACACUUCUUUUCCAAGCUAACUCGGAGGAGAUGAUUGGAGCAUACUCAAAGGUUCCUCACCCAUUCGGAACUAUCGUAGCGAACGAGGUCUUCAGCUCCGGAGUUCUGCUAUCUGACACAGACUUCAGACAGUUCGAACUGUAUCUCAAUAUCAGCGGUCUAGAUAUGGCGGUGGUCGGAGAUAGCUACAUGUAUCACACGAACAAAGACCGUGUCGAGUAUAUUGAACCCGGAGUUGCGCAGCACAUGGCAGAGAACACGCUGGCGAUCCUCAAGUACUUGUCCUCAGACGAGUCGCCUCUGCCACAACUGGAAGCCGGUUACCACAAGCCGACCACGGUCUUCUUCAGCGUCGUACACCUCUUCUUCCUAUACUCCGCCCGGACAGCGCAGAUGAUGUACGCGACGUUGUUCGUCUGCGCUGUAACGUUCACCUACGUGACAUAUCGGGACCCCUCUGCGAGACCCGGUACGACUGGCGUCUCCGUCUGGGCGGCACAUCGGCAGGGAAUCAUCUUGCUCACGCUCGGCCUAUUGGGUGCCAUCAUCGCGGUGAACGCACACGCCAUUGUCAUGCAUCGGUACCUCGGGAAGAACAUGUCAUGGUUUGCGACGGAACUUUCCCCUCUGCUGCUCUACGGGCCAUCUGCAUUAGCAGGUGCUUUGGCUUCGCAGGCACUCUUGGACGGCGUCUACGAGCGCACAAUGUUCACUUCGCUCUUGAUCUUGAUGUCCUUCGGCGCCCUUGCCCUCCAAUUAGCUGGCAUUGGAUCCGCGGCAACUCUAUUCAUGACAGCACUGCCAUUGUUUGGCGCCCUGCUCCUUGACAAGCUCAUCAACACGAGCGCCAGCACCGUAUCUCUGAUCACAUACGUACUCGGGCAAAUAGUACCCCUCGUAUCGGGCACCGAGGUCAUCCUGACAGUCUUUGACGUGUUCGUACCUCUCACUGGUCGGAUUGGCGCUGACGCGCCCGCCGAGCACAUCAUCGCUACCAUCACGGCUGUAACACUGGCCUAUGCGGCCCCUCUCGUACUGCCAUUCGCGCAUCGCUACAGCGGGAACUUCAUACUCUACACUAUCAUCGGCCUGCAUGUCAUUCUAUACGCCACCUCCAUUGUGUUCGCCCAGCGCAGUCCAUUCGAUGAGCUACACCAGCGUCGCCUCUUCAUCCUCUCGAGUGACAACAUCACUUCCGGCGAACGUUCUCUCCACAUCGGUGCGGCCGACGGCGCGCCGGGCUUCGACGAGCUUGCACUUGACAUUGGCAACACAUUUGGCGCUGCUGAUGGCGUUGCCGUGCUUGAAGAGAUGAACGACUAUAACGGGGAUUGGGACGUACUCUAUCCGUUUUCGGCCUUUAUGUCUCCCUAUCAGAUCUCUCUGCCUCAUAUUACUGGUUACAGCUCGCCCUUCCGUGCUGGAGGUGAACAGGAGUUCCGCGUUCACGCUGUCAACGACCGCGUCGACACAGCCGCCGGCACGCGUUCGUUCACGCUCCAGAUAGACCAUCCCGGUAUCAUUUGGACUGUUGUUGCGUUUGACGCGCAGGUACUUUCGUGGUCGCUUGAUUCUCCCCCGCCGGAAGAAUACGCGCGUCACCAUAUCAAGGAGGCGUCUUUCCACGGCGUCGAUAGUUGGUCCGUUGACCUUGUCAUCGCUUUCCCACCGAAUACAACACCCGCGCCGAUCCCGGUCAACUUUGUUGGCUUGCAAGAGAACGCGAUGUGGCCGGGGAAGCGCAAGGUCAAGGAACUCGGCGGGCCGCCAAUGGUGCUGUUUGAGAUGCUGGACAAAUGGUUAGAGGACCAUCUGGGCGAUACAAUCGACAAGAUGAUGUUGAGCUCGAUUGGCGGCAUCGUCAGCGUAUAA